AUGCCGUCUGCAGGUGCUACAUACGAGGAGCGGUCUUCGGAUCCGGAGCUCUCAUCCAACGCGUCGGAUUCCGGCGACGAGUCCGAUUACCUCGACAGCGCCGCUGCCAGGAAACGGCGUCGCACUUCUCCCGAGCUUCAAGUUGGAGAAGACGAGAGCGAUCAGGACGACGACGAUGUUGAUGAUGAUGACGAGGACGACGAAGAAGACAAAGAUGGUGGCAGCAAGGUACCGAAAUUGGUAGUGCCUGCCAUAGCUGUGCCCUCUCGAAUCAAGCGAAAUGUCGAAAAGAGAGCAGACACACCUGUCAGCAAACCCUCAGGCACCUCGCAAUCGCAACCAUUACCGCAAUCGCAGAAUCCCAUUCUGGCACCCACCGAUCCAAAUACCACCUUUGCUGCCCUCAACGUGCGGCCAUGGCUUGUCCAGUCGCUCGGGAACAUGGCCAUCAGACGGCCAACCGGCAUUCAAAAGGGCUGCAUACCCGAGAUAUUGAAGGGGAGGGACUGCAUAGGAGGCAGCAGAACAGGUUCGGGAAAGACGGUGGCCUUUGCCGUCCCCGUGCUUCAGAAGUGGGCAGAGGAUCCAACCGCCAUCUUUGCUGUCGUCCUGACGCCCACCCGAGAGCUUGCCCUGCAAAUCUACGAGCAGUUCAAGGCGAUUUCGUCUCCACAGAGCCUCAAGAUCAUCCUUGUCACCGGCGGCGCCGACAUGCGAUCGCAAGCCAUUGCGCUCGCCCAACGACCACAUGUCAUCAUUGCGACUCCGGGCCGUCUGGCAGACCACAUUAGGACAUCUGGAGAGGACACCAUCUGCGGGCUUCGCAGAGUACGCUACGUGGUUCUCGACGAAGCAGAUCGGCUCCUGCAUGCCGGUGGGAAAGGCAGUAUGCUGCCCGACGUCGAGGAAUGCCUAUCAGUCUUGCCGCCUGCCACUCAGAGACAGACGCUUCUCUUCACGGCAACCAUCACGCCAGAGGUGCGAGCGCUCAAGGAGCUGCCGCAGCGGCCUGGAAAGCCUCCCGUCUUCGUCUGCGAGGUGGACACGCAGAUGCUGGCCAUCCCGGCAACCCUGAGCCAGAAGCACGUGCAGAUUCCCGUCACCCACAAGGAGCACUAUCUCCACGUGUUCCUGCUCACCGAGGCCAACGUCAACAAGACGGUCAUCAUCUUUUGCAACCGUACAACGACAGCCGAGUACCUCCACCACCUGCUGCGAUUGCUGGACCACCGCGUCACCUCUCUGCACUCCAAGCUGCCCCAGAGACAGCGGACGGACAAUCUCGCCCGCUUCCGAGCUUCGGCGGCUAGGAUCUUGGUGGCGACGGACGUGGCAGCUCGAGGUCUUGAUAUUCAAGAAGUCAGCUUGGUCAUCAACUACGACGUCCCUCGAGACCCGGACGACUACAUCCACCGAGUGGGACGUACUGCCCGUGCGGGCCGCAAGGGUGAGGCCGUCACGCUGGUGGGCCAGCGAGACGUGGAGCUGGUCCUGGCUAUUGAAGAGCGCGUGGGCAGGAAGAUGGAGGCUUGGGAAGAGGAGGGCGUCAACCUGGAGACGAGAGUGAUCCGAGAUGCGCUCAAGGUGGUUAGCGAGAAGAAGCGAGAGGCGUUGCUGGAGAUGGAGGAAGGGAGGGAGGUUGGUGGCAAGAGGAAGAAGACGAAGCAGAAGCUUCAGGCAUAG